CCGUUCAAGUCAUUCCCCUAGCCAUCGGAUCUCCUUUUUGUAUCUGCUCUCAGUCUGUCUAGAAUUUUCCUCGUCCGAGAUCUAUUUCUUCGGUAGCUCACGGUUACAGAUCGGGAAGCCUUUUUAGUCUAGCCUUCUAGGAUUUUGGGAACUUGGGAGACUUGAUAGAUAGGGCUUGAGCUAGGUUAUGAAAUCGUUCUGAUGGAAACUACACAAAUCUCUCUGCAAUUUAUCUUCCUAUUGAUCGCAUGCACCACUGUCCGCCUCGGCGCGUCCGAUGCGCUGUUUUAUGAGUCGUUCGACGAAUCAUUCGAGGGACGAUGGGUCGUUUCAGAGAAGGGGGACUACAAUGGUGUAUGGAAGCAUGCAAAGAGUGACGGUUAUGACGAUUAUGGGCUUCUUGUGAGUGAGAAAGCAAGGAAAUAUGCCAUAGUGAAUGAGCUUGACAAACCUGUGGACCUCAAAGAUGGUACAGUUGUCCUACAAUUCGAGGUUCGUCUUCAGAAUGGGCUAGAAUGUGGAGGAGCAUACCUGAAAUAUCUGCGACCUCAGGAGGCUGGUUGGAAACCCAAGGAGUUUGACAACGAGUCUCCUUACUCCAUCAUGUUUGGACCUGACAAGUGUGGAUCCACAGAUAAGGUGCAUUUCAUUCUUAAGCACAAGAACCCCAAGAGUGGCAACUUCAUUGAACACCACCUCAAGUACCCUCCAUCUGUUCCCUCUGAUAAACUAUCCCACGUUUACACUGCCAUUCUGAAACCUGAUAAUGAAUUGAGAAUUUUGAUUGAUGGGGAAGAGAAGAAGAAGGCAAAUUUCUUGUCAGCUGAAGAUUUUGAACCAGCACUUAUCCCUCCCAAAACCAUUCCWGACCCAGAUGAUAAGAAGCCAGAGGACUGGGAUGAGAGAGCAAAAAUUCCCGACCCAGAUGCAGUUAAGCCAGAUGACUGGGAUGAGGAUGCUCCCAUGGAAAUCGUAGAUGAGGAAGCUGUGAAGCCAGAAGGGUGGUUGGAUGAUGAACCUGAGGAAAUCGACGAUCCUGAUGCAUCGAAGCCAGAAGAUUGGGAUGACGAGGAGGAUGGUGAAUGGGAGGCACCAAAGAUUGAGAACCCCAAAUGUUCUUUAGCACCUGGUUGUGGUGAAUGGAAGAAACCUAUGAAGAGAAACCCUGCUUACAAGGGAAAAUGGCACGCCCCUCUCAUUGACAACCCAAACUACAAGGGUAUUUGGAAGCCCCGGGAGAUCCCGAACCCAGAUUAUUUUGAGCUUGAAAAGCCCGAUUUUGAGCCCGUAGCGGCCAUUGGCAUUGAGAUUUGGACAAUGCAGGAUGGUAUCUUGUUUGACAACAUCUUGAUAGCAAGUGAUGAGAAGGUUGCAGAAUCAUACAGGGAGACUGCAUGGAAGCCAAAAUAUGAGGUUGAGAAAGAGAAGCAGAAGGCUGAGGAAGCGACGCCAGGUCUUUCAGAUGGGCUUUCAGGCAUUAAGAAGAAGGUAUUUGACCUCCUGUACAAGGUGGCAGAUAUUCCUUUCUUAGAUGGAUACAAGCUGAAAAUCUUGGAUCUAAUUGAGAAGGCAGAGACACAACCGAACCUCACCAUAGGCAUUCUUGUCUCCAUUGUGAUAGUUAUCUUGACAGUCUUCUUUAGGAUUCUCUUUGGUGGGAAGAAAGCAUCUGCUAAGGUCACCAAGGAGACAAGUAGUACUGUAGCUGCAGAGGCUACCAAUAAUCAGGAAAGCAGUGGAGAGAAGGAAGGAGAGAACGAAAAGGAAGAUGCUGUUCCUCGUCGGAGGUCUACCAGACGGGAUAAUUAGAGAAUUGACCAUUAGUUUUUAGUUGGAAAAUUUUGAGCAGAGUGGUAACCGUGGCUAAAUUCUCUUGGUUAAAGGCCAGUUGUUACUAAAUUUUUGUGCUUUGUGUUGUGUAGUGUAAAUGAGAAUAUCUGUGGUUCGGAUCAUCAAUUCCAUCCCCAUCUUUGGGUUAAGAAGUCACUUUCGUAAAAUUCCCGUACAUUGAUAAAUUGUUAUUGCUAUCCAAGCCAAGGUUUUCUCGGUCAUAAUUCUUUUUCA